AAUACCUAUUGAUGCAGUCAUUGCAAGCCAUUGUUCAUUUGUUAUUUGGGCGGCAACAGGAAACGGAGAACAUCAGAUUAAUUGCAAUGAAAGUGGUUAUUUCUUGGUAAUAAUACUCAAUUAAUCGGGCAGUAAAUCACUAGCGUCUUUGGUAUCCCUGAGAAACAGUCAGACUGGUAAAACAAUCUUUGUUUAUAUAAAGUAAUGCAAGGGAGGGAAAAGACACAUGUUCAGAAAAAAAUAUCUGAUUUCUUCAAUGUAUCAAAGUUGUCCCCUCCAACAGCUGAUGUAAGGGCGCCAAAAUCGGUCAAACGUAAACAAAAGAAUACGCAGGUUCAAAACAGCGAACAGAGAUUAUUAGCAAAUGAACUGAAAUGCAAAAUUGAAAAGAAAACAAAUGAAGAUGUUAAGUGCCUGGCAGUAAACAAGACCAAAAAUUUGAAACAAUUUGAGAAAGUGCAGUUUGAGAGGUCAGUGCCAAAAGUUAUAUCUAAAAACAUGGAUAAUUUCAACUUUUCAAAUUAUGUGUCUUCAUUAAACAAUGAUACUAAUGUGAAGAGAAAUGCCACAACUAGUUUGAGCACUACUCCACCGAAAAAAGUUAAGCAAGAUGUGGAAUCAAAUGAGGAGAUUAAUUGUAAGCAGCAUGAAACAAGUGAAUUAGAAUUCGAAGGUCCUGAUGUAAUAACCUCAAUAAAAGAAGAGCCAAAUGAUGAUGUUGGGAAUAAUGAGACAACAUCAGAUACUGGUAAUGAGAAUGAUGAUAUAGUGUGUGUGUCAGAAUAUAUUGAUAGCAUGCAGAAGAAUGAAGACUACAAAAACAGAUUGAUGAAAACUGAGAAAUGUGAUGAAGCUUUGGAAUUCAAGUCAGAAUUUGUGGAUAAAUUUCAAACUUUACUAUACGACUCUUCAAAAAAAUCCUAUUUGCAGAAAAUUAUGCUAUAUGUAAUUGAACAUUUUUAUUUAUACAAUCUGCUUUAUAACGGGGAGAUUCAAUUACUGCAUGUUUUUUUUUCAUUGCCUGAUGAUUAUCAGUUUUUCUGUUACAAACUAUUUACACGGCAAUCAAAAUGGCAAAACAUAUUGAAAUUUUUAAACGAUAUCAAAAUGCCUCAGGAUAAAACUACAUGUUACAUGAUAACCACAUUAUCAGAGAAGGGUAUUGUAACGACAGAUUACACAACUGAAAAUUUCUAUACGCUGUUAGAUUUAUUGACAGUUGAGGAUCUUAAAACUAUGCACAAGGAUUUUAAAAUUAAGCACAUGAAGAGGAUGACGAAAAAUCAAUUAAUUUGGUCAAUACUUAACUACUGUAAAUCUCAGACGACGUUAACUAGUGACCAAUCGAGUAUUUUAAGGGAAAAGAUAGGACCUUGUAUUCAGCUCACGCAUGGAUUUCACACGGUCUUGUUUAGACUACAUCUCCUAUACUCGUUUACAAAUAAAGAUUUGAACAGUACUUUUAAGUUGCAACAGUUUAUGGAUAAAAUUAACAACGCGGACAUCAUUCUUCCGUCCUACACUGUUCAUGCUGAAAAAAUAUUUGAUAAGGAAUCAUUUGCUAUGUAUUCAUCUGCAUGGGAGUAUUAUCAAGAUUAUGAAAAAUAUAGCGAGAAGAAGAAAAGUAAGGUUGAAAUCUUAUUGGAGAUUGGAAAAUUGGUUUAUAGCAAUUUCCAAGAAAUCGUAAAAACUGAAGCACGCAAUAACUUUUUAGACAGAUUUAAUUCUGGUUAUAUAUACAUAGCUCUACUGUCUAGGUUUUGCUCAGAUUUUCCCAAGGAACAUGAUAUUAUCUUACCGAUUUUAAAGUCGUUGCUUGAUCAGAAUAAAUACUGCCAUCACAAACGUGGCAAUUGGUACGGCCAGAUCGCAACAAUUUAUACCAAACAUUUUAUAGAUAUUGAUAAGGCUGCUCAAUAUUUACUGGAGGGAUUGAAUUGUACUUAUAUCAAUGACAUUCAAAUCGAAGAUUUGUGGAUUAAGGCCAAUGCGUUAAUCAAAAGGAAGAAAAACCGCGCAAGCGAAGCACUUUGCACGCGUUUAGCUCAGCUGCUGCCAUCGAAGUCUCCCAAAAUUCCCUCAAUACAAAUUUUUGGAACAGCUGUUUCGAAUUUCGGUCCGGGACAUAAAGCUAUUUAUUCGUAUGAGACUGAAGAUGCUACGGUGGUUGGAAGCGUUGAAGAGUUUACCAUAAAUCAUUAUGCUUCGCAAGGAUACAGAGCGAUUCACUGCGAGGGAUCGCUAAUGGUGACCAUUUACAUCAUACUCUUUUGGGACAUCAUAUACGAAAUCAAUGUACCGCAAACAUUUGUCAGCGAAAUUCAGACGCUCCCAUUGGAUUUCUUCACUCCGGACUUCUACACGAAUCGAAAAUCGGCCAUCGAUAAACGGCUGCAAGACAUCGCUGAAAAUUGGACGUUCAAUCAGUUGACAGAGUUUAUGUACGAACAUUUGAAAUUGCAUUCCAACCAUUACACUGGAUUAUGUUCGUUGGAGAUACUCAGCAACACGGAGAUAAUUUUCGAUGCGAUGGUCUGCUUAGGCAGGAAAGCAUUGUCGAUGAUUUGCGGUAGAUUGGCGAUUUCGUUCAAGGAGCAUCGAAGCGGUAUGCCUGAUCUCUUCGUCUGGACACGCGAUACCGGCAAGUGCAAAUUUGUGGAAGUGAAGGGUCAUGGCGAUAGAAUUGCGUCGAAUCAGUCCGUCUGGAUGAAGUACUUAUUAAAUUUAGGAAUCGACGUAGAGGUUUGUCAUGUGAAUAGUAAGGGGACAAAACGUGCAAAUCCAAUGACUCCAGAUAAUUAAUCAUUUUUAUUGUAUUUAUU